GUCGACAGAUGCGGGCUAAAUUAAGAACGACAUUAACCUUAGGUCAUAAGCUAAAAAGAUAAAUCAAAACGCAAGUUCAAUUUUAAGAAAGAGAAUAGAAGAUAACACAAUGCCAGAAUUGGGUCCAAUAAUGCGAGCGCUGGAAUUGCAGCGGCUCGUCGAAAACAAAGUGACCGAAUGGCGCGAUAGGUCAGCUCGGGUCGCGGGUACGAGUGUGGCGGACUCUUAUCAACAGCCACUUCACUUCAAACGCCAUACAAACAGACGCAAAAACAGCGCUGAAAUAAACAGAAUUAUCGCAAAGUACUCGAAGCCAAGUAAGAGGACUGAUGAGCAUCGAUUCACUUUACAAAAGUGUCCCGAAGAACCGCCAGUGCGUCCCAUCAGACUGAGAAAGUUACGUAACAAUAUAAAGAUUUCUAGAAGUGAAGACAAUCUCGUUAAUAUCGGUGUUAUGGACACUAAUCCUGAUCCUCCGAUAGAGAAUAAGGAACAACCGCGGUAUAGCUUAUCCAAGUAUAACACCAAGAGUUGCGAGGACAUUACUGCAUUUGUCGACUUUAGCAACAUUAUGAAGAGCAAAAAUUUCGAUGAAAAUAGCAUUUUAAACGCAAAAACUGUUCCAAACGCAAGGCAUACGCUACACAUUAUUGGUGAAGAUAUUUCUGAAAUUUCGGAGUUCAGUGAUAGUGCUGUUGACUUUAGAUUUAAAAACGAAUUCGCUACUUCAACUCCUUUAUCAAAUAGAAAGACAUGUCCCCCUGGUGAUUCAGUGUCAGUGAACGAUUUCGAAAAGUGCGCGAAUUAUCAAAGUGAUUUAAAAAAAGGCAAUUCAGAGCCUGACAUCCUUAGGAAAAAGUCAGUUGAAUCUGGAAGUACUCUCGACUUUCGGAAGAAGUGGAAGUUGAUCAGACCACCUUUUAGAAAAGGAACGUUUGACUGUUUACUACGUUGGCGUGGAAAGAAACCGCCGUCUAAUCGAAGUAGAAUACAAGAAGUGGACGAUAGUUUCUUUGAAAAAUUUGGAUCGAUCCUCAAGCAAGCGACACAGAAAGCUGCACUCGAAGAAUCUACACCUUUAGCUCCAUUAAAAGAAGUUGAAGAGCAAGACGGAGAGAAGGUCACAGUCGCAGAGGUAGCUGAGAGUCGAAGUGUGACACGUGACUCGGACAGUGGCAAUGAAACUUUACUUGACACAGACUCGGAGCCUGAAGACCCGGAGAAAGUAGACUUUUACGUUGAAGCUGUAGGCUGGAACGUUGAUGAAUUAUAUUUGGAGAUACUCUAUGAGAUUUUACACAAUGUCGGCGGAUGUGACAUAGGCUGUGAAGUGGGACAGCAGGCGAUGCUGACCUAUGUACAAGAAGCGUUCAAAAUAUCAAACGAUAAACACACAGAACUUCUAACGCAAGCUGAGGCCAAGCAGCCACCAGAACUUAUGUUAAAUGUAGAAGUAGUUGAAGGAAAGGAUCUCGUUCCAAAGGAUCCGAGUGGUCUUAGUGAUCCUUUUGUUACAAUAUACCUCAUGUCCAACUCCUCUCACAGAUAUAAUACGUCUGUAAAAUCGGGCACCCUUAAUCCAGUUUGGGAGGAACAUUUUUCACUGCCUAUUCCAGGUAACCUUCAGGAGGAUUCGCUUUGCUUAGAAGUUUGGGAUUUCGAUCCUGCUGAGACGGUUAAAGAGAAAAUGACCAAAAUAUUUGAAGUCAAAGGCGUUAAAGGUCUUCGGAAACUUAUGAAAGAAAUAGCUAUCACAGCAUCUACAGGAAAACAUGACAACGAGCUUAUUGGGACGGCCAAUAUACCACUCAAGUCGAUUCCAGCAGGUGGAAUGGUCAUGUGGCUAAAUUUAAGUAAAAAGAGCAAACUACGCCGUCAAGGCGUAUUGAAAGCGCGUUUUAAUUUCUCAUCGGAGAAGAACUCGCAGGUAGCAGCUCAAGAGCACAGGCACCUAUUGAGGAUACUUCUACUUCACGAGCUAGAUAGCUCCAAGGUCGCCCCGUACUGGUGGUGCGGCAACUUCAGCGCGGCGGCGGAGGGCGUCCUCACGCAGCACGGCGCGCAGAGCGGCCUGUCGGCGCUCGACAACCAGCUGGCGCAGUGGGCCGUGUUCUGCGCCGUCACCACCGACCACCCGCUGAGCUUCGCCCUCUUCAACGGCCUGCUCGAUAAACUCACCAAGCCCUUGCAAUCUGGUCGCGUGAAUGAAGAGGAUGUUAAGCUCUUCUGGGAUGGAGCGAAAAAGUUGCUUCCGACAUGUUUUAGCCAUAUCAGAAAAUUGAGGAAGAAGACUGCGGGCGAUAAGACCGUCAUGAAAACCUUAAGGGAAGUUUUGAAAAUACUUUACAAGCUAUCGUCGUUAGACUUGCCGGAGUCGAUAGAUUUGUUUCCGGUGAACUUGUACGGUUGGUUGAGAGAUAAGGACGACGGGAGCAAGCUAACGAUUCCAGAAGUAUUGAACCAGGCGGCUAUCCAAGGUGCGUCCGACUGGUUCGUUCACAUUCUUGACAAUAACGAAUGCAAAGAUAAAACCGAGGAGUCGAGGCUGCAGCAUCUGAUCAGAGUCAUACAGUUGGUUCGAUCGGAUCUUCAAAGAGCUGUUGAAUACUUUGAUAGAGUUUUCGUUGAAGUAAUGAGUUUCCCAUAUUCUAAAACACUUUAUGGUGUUUACGAGGACAAGAUAGCUUCGUUAGUGGAACCAGAAGUUAUAGAAGUCUGCAAGAGCUUAAAACGUUUACGGUAUAGCGAAGGAUCGACCAAUAGCAUACAUUUGGCUGGUGGUAUUAAUGGGGAAACUGGUUUGGGAACGCCAGAUGUCGGUUCCGAACCGUUGGCGAUGGGAACCACGCUGUUCGAACUAUACCUUGCGUUGCAGAGAUUUUUGACGUUGGGUCAAGGUUUGAAUGAGACAGAUUGGAAUUCCUACAGCAUUUCCAAAUUUCACGGCUGGUUCUUUGGGGGAGUCGCCCAGUGGCUGGACAUAGCGGCGUAUAAAGCUCUCACUCGUAUCGAAAAAGCCGUUGAAUUGGAUAACUUAGUACCCGUCGACUCGAAUGUGAAAUAUAGCAGUUCAGGAGUAGACACCUUAGCGAUAUUCUAUCAGAUCAAGAUAUUCUGGCAGCAAUUGGCGUGGCCGGACGUCGAGGGUUGUUACACAUUUGUCGCUAAAAUUAUUGAUGACAUCUGCCGCUGCUGCGUGUUCUACUCGGACCGCAUGUCGGCGCGCGUGGGCGGGGGGUUCGGGGGGCUCGGGGGGCCCGCGGGGGGCUCGCCGUACGAGGCGCGCUUCGAGGUGACGACGGAGUGGUGCGUGGCCAUCAACAACAUCGACUACGUGCGCCAGAGCCUGCCGCCCUUCGUGUGCGAGCUCGACAUGGACACCAUCGUGCGCCGCAUGUGCGAGGCGCGCUCGCCGCUCGAGGCGCAGAGGUGCAAGGAGACAUUGGAGAACGUCAUCGCAAACGCUAUUGAUACGGUUAAAAAUAAAAUCGUCGAUUUGCUGGAGAUUAUGAUAAAAAAGAUGAUGCCCUCCAUCACCCGUUUCCUCAUAGAAGGUGCGGAACUACUCCACCAGGACUGUUCAAGCAUGGACCGAGUGAUGAGAUACUUGGAAGCCAAUUUGGAUACCUUGUAUCAGCAUUUGAACAAUGAGAACUUCUCUAGAACCUUGGAUAUAGUUUGGGAACAGCUCGGGGAAGUUUUAUAUGAACUAAUACAAGCUAAUCUUGAGCACCGAAGGGCAAAGAUAACUCGCUAUAUCGACCCGAGGCGUAUGACAAAAUCGGCAGCCGCCAUCUUAGACGCGAAACGUCGUCCACCAUCGUUCUUUUCCAAUCUCCAUGAAUGCCUUAAAAUAAUGAUCCGUUCGUUCAGACAAGACAAUAAAGAGAUAUACACGUCAGAGACGUUGAAACGUGUCGAAUAUUUGUUGAAAAUCCACGGCAUGGAGACGAGGGAGUUGAUCCACCAGUAUCAUUUAGAGAGGUGGCAGGAACAGCAGGCUAUUACCGAACCUAAGAUGGGCCUGUUGACAGUUCGAGCGCAGUUCAUUGACGAUAAUUUGAAGAUUGAAAUCAUGAACGCUAGGAAUCUAAUGCCAACUGAUUCGAAUGGUCUGUGCGAUUCGUACGUCCGCGUGGGUCUCCUCCCUGAGGAUACUUUUGCUAAUGUCGAAAAGCCAAAAACUCAAACGCACAGCAAGAACCUCUUCCCACUAUACGAUGAAAUGUUUCUAAUCCCGCUGUCGGGCGAGCAGCGUCGCGCGGCGGACGCGCUGCUGCAUCUCGUGGUGAAGGACAAGGACAUGUUCAGCGUCAGCAACACGUUCGUGGGGGAGGCCUACCUGCACUUCGCGGACGUGCCCGCCACGCCCGCGCCCAUCGCCAGCCUGCCGCAGGUGCACCUGCCGCUGUCGCGACCCGGCAACAUAGACGGCGACGCGAUGAAAGCCUUAGAGUCUAGACAGGGCGACAAGCAAGCACGUGAGUUCCUCAAGAAACAAAGGCAGAAAAUGCCAAGUAAACAAUUCUUCUCGCUUGGUUGAUGAAAUAAUUCUAUACGAUUUCUACUUGCUAAUAUUGAAUCAGGCGACUGAAAAUUUGUACAAAAGGAUACUUAAUUAUACAUUUUGGAAUAUACUCGUAAUAAAAUAAGGCAUUGAUAAUUUUGUGUAAUUCAACUUCAUUAUUACCAUUGUCUUAUUAUGUAUAUCUAAAUAUAUCAUACGUUCGCUAUUAUUAGAAAAUAAAAAAAAAAUACUUUUCUAUUUUCAAAAAUAAGUAUCUAAAAGUUCUAAAUUGUCAAGAUGAGUUUUUUUUAAUGUAUGUGGCAAUAAUGUCUAUUUGACGUUUAAAUUACUGGCAAUAAAAAUAGACUGAUAGGUGGCUUCUAGAUGUAGCGUAUUUUUAUGAAUAUUAUAGUAUAUUUGUUUUUUUUUUUUUUUAAUUUAUGAAUCUCUAUUAAAGAGCAAAAAUCUUUAACGACAAGAUCUCAAAAGAUAAUUUAUAAAGGAGAUUAUAAAUUUGUGAAACGCGUAGUCGUAAUUUCUAUUUGGUUUGUUUUUUUUAUUUAUUAAAUAAAAUAAAUACUGAUACAGUAAUAUGCAACGGAGCUAUUUCUGUCUUUUUAGUAUUUCGUAUGCCAAUAGUUAAGUUUAAAAGAUAAGUAUAGUGUGAAUGUUAGCGCUUUUAUGGAAAUAAUUGUUUUAAAUAUAAAGUCUUAUUGUUCGGUAGUUGCUGUAUUCUGUGAUAAUGAUAUGUGCCUUAUAUAUUAUAUAAAUAUAUAUAUAUAUAUAUAACACUUGCGCACAACAUGUGUUUUGAAAUUGUUAAAUUCCUUUGUCUUUACGGAAUUUUAUGUAAAUAUUUUCUUUAUAUGUCUUUGUUCAAAAUUAGCUCGUUUCGACAGACUUUAGUCAAUGUUAUAUACUUUACAUUUUUUAUUUAUUCGUGUCAAUAAAGCCGUUUUAAAUGCAAA